ACAGCACCGUGGUGGAUCAUACCCAUGCUCUUUUGAGCUCGGGAGUGGAUUCUGUCUUUUUGGGUGCCCCACAAUAGUGUGGUGCACUGCAGAUGAUAAGGUUGUUACUGUAUAUAACUGAAGUAAUUUUCUUACACUAAACAGGAAAGCAUUGAGUAACUGCUGGCAUAUAUGGCAUAAUGUUAGCUUUCCUUUUCACCUGCGGUAGAUUGAUGUAUGAAUGAAUAAUUAGAAAAGAAAUCAUUGUGGCUUGGCAAGAUUACCAGAAGCAGUAAAUUGAUUUUUUUCUAAUCUGUGUGGAUGCAGGACACUUGUUUUUUGGCAGUGAGAUACUAGAAACAUCAUCAUGAGGACUGUGGUCUGUCUUGUCUGAUACACACAUAGCUGGUGUAACUUCCUAUAAAUUUUACAUGAGCUUGUCUUUUUUUCAUUUAGUCAGACGAUUCAUAGAUUCAUAGAUAUUAAGGUCAGAAGGGACCAUUAUGAUCAUCAAGUCUGACCUCCGGCACAAUGAUCUUGGAAUGCUCCUUGCCUUGGAAUAAUGGAACAAGUUUGGGCACUGAAUAUGCUAUAAUAUAAAAUAGCAAAUAAGAAACAAUAAACAGUGCUAUAUUGUGUAACUAGAGUAUGUUUGUUAAAUGUCAAAAUCACAAAGCUCAAGACCCAAUUACUUUAGCCAUCUCUAAGCAAUAACCUUGUAACUUCUCUUGAAUGAUUGGAAGGGAGUCCAUGUGCCCAGUCAUAAUCCACAGUCUCAAGAGGCAUAAUCUUCUGCUUUGAGAGAUGGUCAUGACUUGAAUGGGUGGUCUGCGUGUAUGCUGCAGUCCACAGGACACCAUGUGAUGGGAAGGGGAAGUAAGUGUUGCUUCUUUUUAGAGCUACAGGAAAAUGCCUUUUAGAGUAUAUCUUCUCAGAUCCAGUCUUCUUUCUGACAGCAGACUGGCCUGAGGACCCACUACAUAUAUGGUGCCACUUCUCUCUUUCACCUUGUGCAGCUUGCAAAGAUAAGUUCUGAAACUGCUUGGGACUGGUACACAGCGCUCCUUCAUUCCCUGCUGGUAAUGCUGAGCGGAGAGGGGACUGCUGCAAGAUGAUGCAUCAAAAGAAAAAGACUUCGAGAAAAGAGAAGAAAGAGAAGAGGGGUAGAAAGCAACAGAGUGAGAAAGAGAAGAGAGAGGCAGAGUAUGAGCAGGGAGAGAAAAGCUUCUAGAUGUCACAGAGGAAGAGGAGUGAGAACACAGGAGUAGAGGAAUGGAGGAAAGAGACAGCCCAAAAAGACUCCAGUCUCCGUGCGCUGCCGCUGCAGACCAUGGCACCUUUGCUCCAGCUCAGCUCCUUUUUCUUCACUCUGAUCGCCUGCUUCAAAGGUCACCAGCUGGCUGGGGCUGCUGGAGGACCCAGCAGCAGGCGGGGGCCCGCGGCUGACACGUGUGGAUGGAGGGUGCUGCCACCGAUCAGCAAAAACAGUGGAAUGCUUAAUGUCACCUUUAAAUAUGACAAUUGCACUCCUUAUUUGAAUUCAGUGGGAAAACACAUGAUUGGAGAUGUGCAAAAUAUAACAGUCAGCCAGUAUGCAUGUUCUGAACAAGUUGCAGUGACAAUACUUUGGACAGCAAAUCUACUUGGGAUUGAAUUCCUGAAAGGAUUUCGAGUAAUACUUGAGGAGUUAAAAUCAGAGGGAAGACAGUGUCAGCAAAUGGUUUUAAAAGACCCAAAGCAGCUCAACUCUGGUUUUAAAAGAACUGGAAUGGAAUCUCAGCCUUUUUUGAAUCUGAAAUUUGAAACUGAUUAUUUUGUAAAGAUUGUUCCUUUUCCUUCAAUUAAAAAUGAAAGUAAUUACCACCCAUUUUUCUUCAGAACUCGACCAUGUGAAUUGUUGCUACAGCCAGAAAACCUUGCCUGCAAACCUUUCUGGAAGCCCAGGAAUCUGAAUAUUACCCAGCAAGGUUUUAACAUGCAAGUGUGUUUUGAUCAUGCACCUCACAACUUUGGCUUUAAAUAUUACUAUCUUCACUACAAACUUAAGGAUGAAGGAUCCUUUAAACAAAAGACCUGCAGACAAGAACAAAACACGGAUAUCACAAGUUGUGUUCUUCAGAAUAUAGCUCCAGGGGAUUACAUCAUUGAGCUGGUUGAUGACACUAACACAACAAGGAAAACAAUGCACUAUGCACUAAAACCAGUACAUUCCCCGUGGGCUGGACCAAUAAGGGCCAUUGCCAUUACCGUUCCCUUAGUUGUCAUCUCAGCAUUUGCAACGCUUUUCACAGUGAUGUGCCGUAAAAAACAACAAGAAAAUAUAUAUUCCCAUUUAGAUGAGGAGAGCUCGGAAUCUUCUACAUAUGCUGCAGCACUCCAUGUGGAAAGGCUCCGUCCCCGUCCAAAAGUGUUCAUCUGCUAUUCCAGUAAAGAUUGCCAGAAACACAUAAAUGUCAUUCAGUGCUUCGCUUAUUUCCUUCAGGACUUCUGUGGCUGUGAGGUUGCACUGGAUAUCUGGGAAGAUUUAAAAAAUUGUAAAGAAGGGCAGAAAGAGUGGCUUAUUCAAAAAAUCAAUGAGUCCCAAUUUAUCAUCAUUGUAUGUUCCAAGGGAAUGAAAUACUUUGUGGAAAAAAAGAACUGGAAGCACAAGGGAGCAACUAGAGAUGCCGAGAAAGGAGAACUCUUUCUGCUUGCCAUAUCUAUCAUUGCUGAGAAGCUGCGUCAGGCAAAGCAGAAUUCAGAUGACCUCUGCAAGUUCAUUGCAGUCUACUUUGACUACUCCUGUGAGGGUGACAUUCCUGGCAUUGUGGAUCUAAGUACAAGGUACAAGCUCAUGGAUAACCUCCCUCAGCUUUACUCUCACUUACACUCCAGAGAGCUGAGCCUUCAGGAUUCAGAGGUGUACCCGGUAAAUAUUAGCAAAAGAAACUACUUCAGGAGCAAAUCUGGCCGGUCCCUUUAUGUUGCCAUUUGCAAUAUGCACCAGUUCAUUGAUCAGGAGCCUGACUGGUUUGAGAAACAACUCAUUCCUUUUCCUCAACCUCCUUUACAUUACCAAGAACCUGUGAUGGAAAAAUUUGACUCAGGCUUGGUUUUAAAUGACUUAGUGAGUAAACAGGUGACUGAUGGGGAUUUCUACCUGAAAACAGAUGUAAAUAUUAUUCCUGCUGUAAAUUCAGACUCUCACUGUAUAAUUCAGCACUUUAACCUUGGAGAAGAUGCAGAGACUCAGGACAUUCAAGUUGGUAGCUCUGUUCUUCAGCCAUUGUUGCAUGUUGUAAAAGCUGCCAAUCUUCCAGAUAUGCCCCGGGAUUCAGGAAUCUAUGAUUCUUCUGUUCCUUCAUCUGAGUUAUCUCUACCUUUAAUGGAUGGACUUUUGACAGACCAAACUGAAACCUCUUCCCUUACGGAGAGUGUCUCUUCAUCUUCAGGUUUAGGAGAAGAAGAACCCCCUGUGCUCACUCCUACAAAAUGCCUAGUCCCUGGAAUAUGUAAAGCAGAACUUCACUGCCACAUCCAUACCGAUGAACUGCAGGCAAUUGCACCUUUAUAAUAUGUUACAAGAUUGUUAAGCAUCGCCACUUUAUCAAUAGGCUCUGUUUGUGUGUUAACCAUCACAUCACCCCAACUGCUAAAACUUCUUGAAGGAACAAGUGCUUCCUUGAAGGAUCUGCUAUUCCUAAGGGAAUUUGUGGCCAGUAGACAUUUACCUUUAGGUCUCUUUAUAGACUCUUUUCUGAUCUGAAAAUGUAGCAUUGAAAAAGAUAAAGAUACACUUUGAAAUUACCAGCUUAAAUUGCAUGUUGAAAUUAUACUCUUUACAGAUAUCACAAUCAAAAAUCACUUCUGAUGUUUUUAUUAGAAAUAUUUUUAACUGAACCAUACAAUAACUAGUCACUUUUGGCUGGAUGAUUAACUAUCUCAGUGGCACAACAUGUUUUGCAGCAGAAAUUCUGGUUUUAAAUGCUGAAAUAUUUAAUAGUAUGAGUAUUUUAGUGAUGAUCAGUGGGAUUUUUGUGACAGGAGUCAUGGUCAUAAAAUGCCAAAGGCCAGACCUAGUAAAUCUCCAAAUAUUAGACAAAUAUUCCUUUAGCAAACAUUUAAGCAUUUUUUUCAACCCUGUCCCUCCAAAAAGUUUGUCUAGUCCAGUGCAUUCCAGUGGAAGGUAAAAGCAUGUGUCCUGUCCCCCACAGCUCCAUCUCUGUCCAGAUUUUGACACACAUGUAAGGGAAACAUGUUGUGCCAUUCUGUCAUUUCAACUCCAGGAUGGUACCAUGCAAGGCUAUAGGACACAUAUGUUUAUUGGAUUUCUUGAUGUCCAUUUCAAGGUUUAAUUGUUUUUUGUGGAAAUCUCUCUUCAGACUCAGUUUCUUUUAAAUGGUCUUAGUUCUGUCUGAUUUUGUGGAAGAUAAAAUUCCUGUUCCCUACAUGUUUCCCACAUUGAGCUCGUUGCAGUAUCAGGAAUUUGACUUAGGAAUACUCUGUUUUAGAAUGCUGCAGCCUUUGAGGGUGAACAUUGCAAUAGAUGCAGUAAGUGAAGCUUCUUGCUUGCCUAUCCAGAGCUAGGGUAAUUAUUUCUGUUUUUUAAAAAUUCCAUUCUUGACAAGCUGGCUACAAUGUCUCACAAAUAAGGCCAUGGUGAACCAUAUCACUUAUAUAAUUUAAAAAAAAAUCCUCUAUACCUCUGUAGAAUGAUGCAGUGGAAAGCGAAUCUCCUGUCCUCUUCCUGGAUGGGUUGGUGGGAGAAAGGAUGCAGAGAGUGAUGGAGAAAGAGUCACCAUAUCUUGUCUUUGUAUAGGGCAUUAUUGGGCCUGAGGACAGCCCUAACAGAGUUUGUGCUUGUUGUAGAAAGUAUAUAAACUCCAAGUUACCCCAUAAAAAUGUGCAGCUUCACAUCCAUUUGGAGCAUAGGAAGUUACAGUAGGCAGUGAGUGACUGGCUAUCUGCAUAUCUUUGUAUUGGGCAGCCACAAGACAAAUGUGUGUUGGUUAUUUUGAAGUUCCCAGUACUGAAAAUUACCUAGUGAAAGGGAUAAGUAUUCAUUUUAAACUCAUGUUAUAUUAAGCAAAGUUCUAAUUACAGACACCCUAUACUGCAUCUGGCCACAUUUGUCUGAAGACAAACAGCAUGAAGUUCCUUCUAUUGCAAUGAUGAUUUAGUUAUAUCUUCAUGUGAGAGACCCCUACUGCUUCCAGACAACAGUCUCUCAUAAGCAAAAUAAAAUUUGAAUACCCCAAAUCUUGCCACUGUAAAUAAUAACAAAGGAUGUCCUGUUUGGCUACCUGUGCUAAAUUUACUAAUCUGGGGUCUAAACUGCACCCUAUCCAAUCCCAUUGACUUGGGGUUGCAUUGGGUGUUAAUCAGGGUGUAAUAAUAAUUAUAGCUGUCCAUAGCUUGUCAAAAACCUUUCUCUAAGUGGAACUUUCUCAAUUCUGUGUUCGUUUAUUUUAAUGAACAAACAAUGCUGGGUUUUGAUACAAUUCUCAACAGGUAUCUGAGUACAUGAAUCAUAUUUAAAUGUAAUCAUUGGCAGCAGAAUCCAGCACACUUCAUAACUGUGGUACAAAACAAUAGAAUGAGGCAGAUAGAUACACGGGUAUUUAUGAUUUAUGAUGGAGCUUUACUUCUACUAAUGUAAAACUCCUCACCUAUUUUUCGGUGUAAUUUUUCUGCUAAACUCAAAGUGAAUUCCACAAGCUCAAAAUGUCACAAGGAUCUUAGUUAAUUCUAAAUAGUGUGCAAAUGAUCUGAAAGCAUGGAAACAACUACAGAUGAUUCUUAUAUAUUGUGCCUUGGAUUGUACUGAAAGCAAAAUUCUUACAGUUGCCCCAUUCUAUGGAAGUUUAAAAGUACUUGGGUCAAAUUAGAUAGCAUCAUUUAAGAGCAAAUCCUGCCCCACCACCUGCAGGUGUGGAGGACCCUGACUCAGUGGGGUUUGUGCAGUUCCAUUGCAGAAAGAACCGAAGACUGGAUGCCUGGAUACCAGGCAGGAGGUUUGACUGGAUGCAAGGCAGGAGUUUUUCACCUGCUAUGUGCAGCAAAGCUGAGCUCUACGGGGAGGUGACUGGACAGGUCACAGCCUAUUACUUCGUGCAGGACUAAAGAUUUGGGUGAAUUCCUGGCUCCAUUGAAAUCAAUGGCAAAAUUCCCAAUGAAUUCAGCGAGGCCAGGAUUUCACCCUUGACUCUUAACAAACAGUCAUUUUCAAAUAUGGAUUGAUGAAUCUGUUGCAAACUAACAUUAGUGUUUUCUUACUUAAAAAUUUGCUGUAUAAUCCUGCUAAUCUUAACUGAGUCUUGACGUUAUAGAUAGUCUGGGGAGAUACCACAAGCAAAUUAAUUUUAGUCAAAUAUAUUUUUUCCCCACCAGGUAGUGGAUGGAAGCCUAAUUUUGAACGCCUUUGGGAGGGAAAAGAACAGAAGUCAUUAUAGGCUUUGUGUAUAGACUGUAGAAAAUAGCAGACCACUUUGGAUUUUUAUUUUAAUUAAAUGGAAUUAUAAAAUGGAAGGAAAUAAUGUUUAAUUUACUUUAUAGUGAUUUUUUGACAAAGUUAGCCACUUUGAUUUUUAAAUUCAGAAAAAUUGCAUACAUAUUUUGGGGGAUAGAGGAGGGGAAUUACUACUGAGUUUGCAAGAAUUCUGUUUUUUUUCCCUUAAGAGGCCACGAGCAAAAGCUCUUGUUAAAAAAAAAAAAAAUGAAAAACCAAAUAUGUUGAUAUACAUUUUAGAGAUUAGUUUUCUACUAUUUUCGUGUGUUAGUAAAAUCUAAACAGAAUGUAAAUGGUGAAAUAAUCCCUCUUGUUACUACUACACUCUACAAAUGUGUUGAAAUGUGAUCAUUUUGAUGUGUUUAUAAGAUAUAUGUUUUCUCUGAGGAUGAAAAAAUAGUGGAAAGCUAAGGAUGCAAGACGUAGCUGUAUGUUCAACAUUUACAUUGAUAAAUAUAGUUUUUGUAUUUUGUACAUGUAUAUAAACUGACAGUAGACAGCAGCUGAUAUUUGCAGAAAUUUUUUUUAUGGUACCAUAAUUUAGAAGUUAAACAUGAAAAUAAAAAGUCAUAAGACAUG